CUUACCGCUGUCCAAUCUGCGACCAUACCACGGAGGAGAUUACUCAUAAUCAGAAUCAGCGCGAUGAUCCAUGAAUGCUGACAAUCGAUAUUGGAAAUAUCUGACAGGCAAAUCAGAACAAAGAUAAAUAGAGACAAAGAUAAAGCUAUCUAUAAUGUCCGACACAAGAAGGGUUUCUUCCGAUACACAAUAUCCCCCUUUAGAAAUGGCGGCUGCUUCCUCUCUCGACAAGCCUUCUCGUUCGGUAUUCCUCGGCGUCGACGUUGGCACCGGCAGCGCUCGUGCAGUUUUUACCUGUUCAGUUGCUAAACAGUGACGGGUGGCUACUGAGGAUGAAACUAGCAUUAGGAGCAAUGAGCACUUAAACCCUGUCUUUUUGACAAGAAAGGAAAGCUUCUUGGUUUGUCAAGCAGUCCGAUUCAGAUAUGGAAAGAUGGUGCCUUUGUUGAGAUAUAUGGCUUGCAGUUUGUGCAGCUGUAAAAGCAGCUUGCUCUAAAGCUAAAGUUGCACCAACAGAAGUACAGGGUCUGGGAUUUGCAGCUACUUGUUCUCUUGUUGCAGUGGAUUCUGACAGCUCACCUGUUUCGGUUUCCUUGAGUGGUGAUUCAAGAAGAAAUGUUAUUGUAUGGAUGGAUCAUAGAGCCGUGGACCAAGCUGAAAGGAUCAAUUCCUCUAAAUCACCUGUAUUGGAGUAUUGUGGUGGAGCUGUUUCACCAGAAAUGGAGCCUCCUAAGCUUCUAUGGGUUAAAGAAAAUUUGCAAGAAUCCUGGUCAAUGGUUUUCAGGUGGAUGGACUUGAGUGAUUGGUUGUCAUACAGGGCUACCGGGGAUGAUACUCGCAGUCUAUGCACCACUGUUUGUAAAUGGACUUAUCUGGGUCAUGCACACAUGCAGCAUGUCAAUGAUAACAACUCUCGAGAUAUGGAAGCUUGUGGAUGGGAUGAUGACUUUUGGGAGGAAAUUGGUUUGGGUGAUCUUGUUGAAGGACAUCAUGCUAAGAUAGGACGAAGUGUUGCUUUCCCUGGCCAUCCUCUGGGUUCUGGUCUUACUCCAACCGCAGCAAAGGAGUUGGGUCUGGUACCGGGAAUUGCUGUUGGAACAUCACUAAUAGAUGCUCAUGCUGGUGGCGUGGGGGUAAUUGAAAGUGUGCUACCAUCAGAAACUGAAGAACAUGACAAGGAAGCUAUUUGCAAUCGUAUGGUGUUAGUUUGUGGAACUUCUACAUGCCAUAUGGCAGUAUCCCAGAAGAAAUUGUUCAUUCCAGGGGUUUGGGGUCCAUUUUGGUCAGCAAUGGUACCAGAAUAUUGGCUAACUGAAGGUGGGCAGAGUGCUACUGGUGCAUUAUUGGAUCAUAUAAUCGAAAGUCAUGCUGCUUCUACACUCCUUGCAAAUCGAGCUGCUUCCCAAGAUAUUUCAGUGUUUGAGCUUCUGAACAAGAUGUUGGAAACAAUGAGAGUUGAGCAGAACCUAUCCUUUGUUGCUGCCUUGACCGAAGAUGUACACGUGCUUCCUGACUUCCAUGGAAAUAGGUCACCCAUUGCAGAUCCAAAAGCAAAAGGUGUCAUCUAUGGUUUGACACUUGACACAAGUGAGAAACAGUUAGCUCUCCUUUACCUGGCAGCUGUGCAGGGCAUUGCAUAUGGCACACGUCACAUUGUAGAGCAUUGCAAUGCUAACGGUCACAAAAUCAACACACUACUUGCGUGUGGUGGCCUUUCAAAGAAUUCUAUCUUCAUGCAAGAACAUGCUGAUAUUAUUGGUUGCCCCAUAAUUCUUCCGAGGGAAAGUGAAUCUGUGCUCUUAGGUGCGGCUAUUCUGGGUGCUGUUGCUACAAGGAAAUAUCAUAACCUUAGGGAGGCCAUGAAAGCCAUGAAUGCACCUGGCGAGGUCAUUCAUCCAUCUAAGGAUCCAAAGGUCAAAAAGUACCAUGAUGCCAAAUACAAGAUCUUCCGUGGCCUUUAUGAACAGCAGCUCUCUUAUCGUUCCAUGAUUGCCGAAGCCUUAUCAUAGCAUUGCUGAAUAUUUUAUUCAAAGCGCGAAUUGAGGUGCUCCUUGCAAAGUUUUCAUAUUCAUGCCCUCAAGAAUGAAUGUUUUAGGAUAGAGAAAGAAACUAUGGCCAGAAUAUUACCAGUUAGACGAAUAUUUUCAUGGUUGUAUUUUUGUGGUAGGUUAGACAUUGAAAAAUUCAGAAAUACAACGAAAAAUAAUCCCCGAUAUCGGCGUUAAAAUUCUAAAAGAAAUUUUAUGUCCAGUCCCACUGAUAGCUUGUAGGUUACUGUACAAAUAUAGCCAGUUUGAUGAUACUUUACUAACAUUAUUUUUCUAUAUAAUGUACCAUAUGAUUUUUUAGAAUUCUUGGAACCCUCAUCAUGGUUUCAUAACUU